AAUUCCUUCAAUGACACAAGGGUGGCCAUUUUGUUAGAAGUUUUAGGGAGCGAAUCGAGAAGCUGCCUCCGUUGUUCUACUUUGAAUGCAGCAAACCCGCUGAAAAACUUGUGCAACCUUCGUAUCAAGAUUGCGUUCAAAAUCGUUUCAGAUUUGCACCGCUGCUCCUGCAAAGAAGCGUACAAUUAUCUGGUUUCGUGAGCUGGUAAAUAGCGCGAAAAAUAUCCUGCCAUUCAUUUCGAAAGCAUGGUCAUUGUUAGCCGCCUAGCUUGAUGGCUUAUGCCUCUCAUGGCCGCCGGUGGUAGAAUUUUAUGAAGGAGACUCGUUCAACGCACACACUGCAACCAGAUAUCCAGUCCGCGCAACAGCGACCUGGAAAGUGAUUAUUUAAAGACGAGCAUUGCCUGCUACAGUUUCAUUUAUUUGCACGAUUUAUCUUUGCAGUGUAGCUUAAAUUAGCAAGCUAGCCAGUUAGCUACCAGCAACCCUCGCGUAAUUUAGUGCGGAGGAUCGAGUGGCAGGCCAACCCGUACGGUUAAGGAAAGAGGGUUUUAAGUUGUUAACUAGCUUUUCAAGUCGUUUAUUUUCAAAAUGGCAGAGUGUUACAUUCGUGUUGCUGAGGAUGAAAACGAGGAGCCAAUGGAGAUUCCAUCUGAAGACGAUGGCACCGUUUUGUUGUCGUCUGUGGCUGCACAGUUCCCCGGAGCCUGCGGCCUGCGAUACAGAAACCCUGUUUCUCAAUGCAUGAGAGGGGUUCGCUUGGUUGAAGGAGUACUCCACGCACCCGAUGCUGACUGGGGCAACCUAAUUUAUGUCGUCAACUACCCCAAAGAUAACAAGAGGAAGAUGGACGAGAUGGAUGCUGCUUCUGCUGUGAAGAUAAAGAGGGGCCCCCUGAAGACCUCAGAUCUAAUUGUCCUCGGCUUGCCUUGGAAAACAUCAGAACAAGACCUGAAGGAUUAUUUUACUACAUUUGGUGAAGUCAUCAUGGUUCAGGUCAAACGAGAUGUUAAAACCGGCAACUCCAAAGGAUUUGGCUUUGUAAGAUUCACUGAGUAUGAAACCCAAGUGAAAGUGAUGUCCCAGCGGCACAUGAUUGAUGGAAGAUGGUGUGACUGCAAACUGCCAAACUCUAAGGCUGGCCCAGAUGAGCCCAUGAGGAGCAGAAAGGUGUUUGUUGGCCGCUGCACAGAGGACAUGACUACUGAUGACCUAAGACAGUUCUUCAUUCAGUACGGCGAAGUCACAGAUGUUUUCAUUCCCAAACCCUUCCGGGCCUUUGCCUUUGUCACCUUUGCUGAUGACCAGGUUGCUCAGUCCCUGUGCGGUGAAGAUUUGAUCAUCAAGGGGACCAGUGUCCACAUCUCCAACGCUGAGCCGAAGCACAGUAAUAGUAGGCAAAUGAUGGAUCGUGGGGGUCGUUUUGGGGCUGGAUUUGGGGGGCAGGGGUUUGGCAAUCGCAGUCCCAAUAGCGGGGUAAAUUUCGGGGCACUCAGCCUGAACCCAGCCAUGAUGGCGGCGGCGCAGGCAGCUCUCCAGAGCAGCUGGGGCAUGAUGGGCAUGCUGGCUAACCAGCAGGGCCAGACACCCGCCACCGGCGCCAACGCCACUGCCCAGAGUACUGGUAGCCGUGAGCAGGGUCAGACCUAUAGUGGUAGCAACAGCAAUUAUGGCACCCCAAGCUCAGCUAGCCUGGGAUGGGGCACGGGCACCAACUCUGCCUCAGGCAGUGGGUUUAACUCUAGCUUUGGGUCUAGCAUGGAGACUAAGUCUAGCUGGGGAAUGUAGAGAGGUUUGUUUUUUGUUUGAUUUGAGUUUGUUUUCUGAAAGUAUUCAAAUUUGUAGAUUAUAUGGUACAUGGGUAAGUACUUAGAGAGGGAGAGUGAGAGAGCUAUUUGUAGUUAGAUGCUAUGUUCAUUGUGUUUCAAAAAGAUGCCUAGAAGUUUUGUAAAAGAUAAAACAAAAUGUUGGUAUUCUUGUUAACUAAUUCCCUAUAAGAGUUAUAUAGAGUGGUUGAAAAGUUGUGGCGUGGUUAAAUGUAUUUAGAUACAUUAAUUUUGGUUUCAGUGAUUACAUUAAUUUAUUUUGCUAUGUACGUCACAUGAUUUCUGACAAAGUUAUUUAAAUCACACUCAAAUCAAAUUUAAUUUUGCCCUUCCAAGUUCAUGUUUUAGAUAAUGUAACUUAAAACAUUAUAAACUGACCCUUGGUCAGUUCAUUCGGAGACUGAUUUGAGUUCUGUUGUGUGUAGUUGCUUUUGCAUUUUCGUUUGUUUGAAGCUUUUUUAAGGUGAAGCCUUCACAAAUCUCUUCUGCAGUUCAUCACCUCUUUUCCAAUUUCCCUGGAAGAAGCCCAUCGUUGGCCGCAAUGUUCGAGCGAGCUCAGUAUCAGUACCCCUCUUCCCAUGUGUAAAUGCUAUGCCAUCAAAGAACACAGCUUCACUCUGCAUUUACUGUGUUAGACGGUGGGUGUUGCCUUUUUAUCCCCUUUUCAAUGGAUGCUUGAGUCAAAAAAAAAGGAUUAAGUCUGUCAAAACAAAUCAAAAAAAUUCUGCUGAGAUGAACAAUGAGUGAGAUGGUGGUGAUGGAUUGUUGGUUGACGAAGAGUGAGCGACUGGGUAUGAACGAACGGACUGAGAGAGAGAGCGAGAGAGAGAGACAAGUGAACGCAAGUGUGAAAAGAACUGGGAGGCUGUGAGAAGAAACUGUGUCUGAGCGAGUGUGAGCGGGAUCCGCAAGUACGAGUGCUUUUUUUUCUCCUUUUUUUUUUCCCCCUUCUUCCAGGACCAGCUGAAGGACACUACAUUUUCAACUUUAGAAUUCUAUGAUCUUUCAUCCUUUCCCUUCUAUUAUCUCUUAAUAUGACAGGUUAAUGAAUAUAACAAAAGAAAUAACAUGUAGUGGACUGUUAAGAAAAAUCUCUAAGUAUUUGUAUCCUUUCUGCCUAUAUAUAUAUAUAUAUACACAUAUAAUCUGAUGUGAAUGUUGUAUGGCGUGUGCUUAUAUUCUCCCUGUUACUCGCUUGUUAGUGUGAAUAUGUGAUGUGAUGCUGUUGUUUGUGAGAAGGGCGUGGGGGGUUGUCUGGGGUGUGUGUUUGUUUGGGUGAACUUGAGCUCGAAUGUGAAGAGGUGUGGCGAACGAGAGCUAUUUCAGUGUGCACAUGGUGGAUGCCGUGUGGUGGUGGUGACAGUUAUGAGAAUCCCUAUUGAUAUUUGCUUUUGUUUAGUGUGUUUUUGAAUGCAUUUUAUAUGUUUUGUGAAAUCAAAGGGAACUCUCAAAUAAAAUGAAUUUGAAUAGGUA